AUGGAGCGCCGGGUCCAGAGGACGGCCAUCACGCAAUCAAGCCGCAAAUUACAACAGGACUUUUCCGCCAUCACGGUCGCCAACAGCACCCAUGGCGUCUACGAUGUGACUAAAGUCACGACUCCAAAGAACCAAGUCGGUUCAGUGGCCUACGAUGUCAAGAUCUACAGCUCUGCAAUGACUUACCUGAAGCUGCUCGAUGGGAUUUGA